AUGAUUCCCCGUACCAUGACCUCGAACGAGGUCUAUGUCCUACCUCUGAAGGACAAUGGCGCUCCUGCUGUACCGGGCGAGUAUAUUUACUUGGCCACGCGGUCUGAAGAUCCAAUAACAGUUCGUUUCGCCAUUGAGGGCACUUCCUCCAUAUGCCGACAGGGCAGCCUCUGGGUCAACAUUCCGGAGCGAGGCGACGAGUUCCACAGAAACGAGUUCCGGGAAUACAAACUAGAGCCCGAUUUCAAUCGAACCCUCGAAAUCUCCAUUCCUAUCUACGAAGCCGGUGCAUUCGCCUUUUACACCACGUACGCUGAGCUCCCCGAGCUGUCGAGCACUGUGGGCUCCAGCGAGUCAGCUUCAACCCAAACCAAAAAUACCCAGCUCUACUACAUCGAUGUUGCUCCGCGUCUCUCCCUGGACGGACGGCCGUUGCCUCUGCCCGCGCUCUCUGUCUUCUCCGUAAUCAGCAAAUUCAUGGGCAAAUACCCGUCUGAUUGGGAAAAACACCUGCGGGGCAUCAGUGGCCGUGGAUACAACAUGAUACACUUCACACCUCUCCAAGUGCGUGGGGCUUCAAAUUCUCCAUACAGCUUGUACGAUCAGCUGGGAUGGGAUCCCCAGUGCUUCCCAGAAGGGGAGAAGGACGUGCAGCAGAUGGUUCAAAGCUUGGAACAGAACCAUUCGCUCCUCAGUCUGACCGACAUAGUCCUCAACCACACCGCAAACAACAGCAAGUGGCUGCUGGAACACCCCGAUGCCGGAUACAACCUCAACACGGCGCCCUGGCUGGAAUCUGCGUAUCUGCUCGACACCCAGCUGCUGAAGUUUGGUUCCCAGUUAGAGGAGCUGGGAUACCCCAAGGAGCUGAAGUCUACCGAUGACCUUGUCAAGGUCAUGGAUGGUAUCAAGAAGCACGUGGUUGCCGAGAUUCGUCUCUGGGAAUACUAUGCAAUUGAUGUUGACAGGGAUGUCGAUGCUGCCAUUGAAUCAUGGUCCGCAGGAAAAUUAAGUGUUCCCAAUGGCUCUGUGGGCGGUGACGUUGAUCAUCUCAAAGACGCCAGCCUGACAGAGCAGGCUGUAUACCUUACACAGAAUGGUCUGCUUAGAAAUGACCGACUUGGCUCGCGCUUCCGCAGGCGCAUCGAUCCUCAGGUCUCCGCUGCACUGGCAGCCGCGAUGUUUGGCAAGUACCGUGGAGAAGCUGAUGAGACAGUCAUCCGCUCCAAACUGACCGCGCUUUUCGACGUGGUCAACGUUCCUUACUACGAAGAAUACGACAAGGAGAUUGGGGACAUCCUGCAGCAGCUCUUCAACAGGAUCAAGUAUGUUCGCAUCGAUGACCAUGGCCCGAAACUUGGUGUGAUUAACGAGGAGAAUCCUCUGAUCGAGUCUUACUUCACUCGCUUGGACAAGGCAGAAGCGUCGAGCAAUUUAACACCCGAAGACCUUGUGCUUGUAAAUAAUGGCUGGGUCUGGGCUGGAAACGCCCUGGUUGACAAUGCCGGCCCGCAGUCUCGGGUGUAUCUACGCAGAGAAGUCAUCGUUUGGGGAGACUGCGUCAAGCUCCGGUACGGCAGCGGUCCUCAGGAUAGUCCGUGGCUGUGGGACUACAUGACAAAGUACGCUCGCACCUUGGCGAAAUACUUCGCCGGGUUCCGGAUCGACAACUGUCACUCAACACCCCUACACGUCGCAGAGCACAUACUAGAUGAAGCUCGGCGAGUACGGCCGAAUCUGUACGUUGUGGCAGAGCUCUUCACGGGUUCUGAAGAGAUGGAUUAUGUCUUUGUGAAGAGGCUUGGUCUGAGCUCAUUAAUCCGGGAAGCCAUGCAAGCUUGGAGCACCGGAGAACUCAGCAGAUUGGUGCACCGUCAUGGCGGCCGGCCGAUUGGCAGUUUUGAGGUCGAUGAAGUCACUAAGGGGAACAACAGUGGCAGUCCCCCUACUAGUCCUGGGCCCAAUGAAGCAGGGACGACGCGGGAGGUAAUCCGCAACAUCAAGCCUGUCCCGAUUCAGGCACUGUUUAUGGAUUGUACACACGACAACGAAGUUCCUGCGCAGAAGCGGGAUGCGCGCGACACUUUGCCAAAUGCUGCGCUGGUAUGCAUGUGUGCCAGCGCAACAGGAAGCGUCAUGGGCUACGACGAGAUCUACCCAAAGCUUGUCGACCUGGUCAAUGAGACAAGACUCUACACAUCUGAGUCAUCGUCAGCAAAAGACAUCAAGGUCGGCGGUGGCAAAGGUGGUAUUGGUGGCGUCAAGAAACUGCUCAACCAGAUUCAUACGUUGAUGGGCAAGGAUGGCUACGACGAAACGCACGUCCACCAUGAGGAUCAGUAUGUCACAGUUCACAGAGUACAUCCCGAAUCAAGGAAAGGCUACUUCCUAAUCGCCCACACUGCGUAUCCAGGCUAUGGAAAUGGCAACGGCGCAUUCAGCGCUGUCCAUCUUGGCGGCACUAAGGCGCGCCAUCUGGGAAGUUGGAUGCUGGAAGUCGAUGCGGGCGACGAAGCCCGGAAGGAUGUGGAAAGCGACAAGAAGUAUCUGCGAGGCCUUCCGAGCCGCGUAGUGGAUGUGCCAGGUAUUCGCAUGGAAGUCAAGAGCGAUGAAACUGUCAUCACGGUCCGCGACAAGUUCCCGCCGGGAAGCAUUGCCCUGUUCGAAACUUGGAUUCCAGCUGCGGAGCAUUCGACCGGCUUGGAUCACUACGUCACGUCUGGGGCCAAGGCGGCGAUGGCGGAGUUGGAUUUGGUUGACCUCAACUUUCUGUUGUAUCGAUGCGAACCUGAAGAGCGCGAUGGCAGUGCAGGUAAGGAUGGCGUUUAUGACAUCCCGGGCCAUGGCAAGAUUGUGUACGCCGGUCUUCAGGGCUGGUGGAGUUUGAUGAAAGAUAUCAUCAAAGACAACAACCUGGCCCACCCACUUUGCCAAAACCUCCGCGACGGUCAAUGGGCAUUGGACUUCAUAGCCGGACGUCUUGAGAGAAUCAGUCAAGAGCCCGAGUUUGCGGGACUUGCCAAGCCAGCAGCAUGGCUGAAGGAGAGGUUCGAAGCCAUUCGCAGCAUCCCAAGUUUCCUCCUGCCCCGCUACUUUGCGCUUGUCCUACGGACCGCGUACAUGGCGGCGUGGGAGAGAGGCCUAGAGCUGACCAACGACAAUGUGCGCAAUGGUCAGUGGUUCCUCCAGAGCCUGGGCAUGGUCAGUGUGCAACAAACGGGCCUGGUCAAGUCAGGCUCGCUCUGGCCGAAGAAGCUGGUCCCGUCUCUUGCUGCCGGGUUGCCACACUUCGCUGUAGAAUGGGCACGAUGCUGGGGUAGGGAUGUCUUCAUAUCCCUGCGUGGUCUCUAUUUAGGGACUGGCCGGUUCGACGAAGCCGCCGAGCACAUAUUCGCAUUUGCCAGUGUCCUCAAGCAUGGCAUGAUCCCCAACCUCUUGGGCAGUGGAAACCUUCCAAGGUACAACAGCCGUGACUCGAUCUGGUUCUUCUUUCAAUGUAUCCAAGACUACACUCAAUAUGCGCCAGAUGGGUUGAAACUUUUGACGAAAAAGGUCAAGAGGAGAUUCCUGCCAUACGACGACACAUGGUUCGACUCUGAUGACCCCAGAGCAUACUCGAAGGAGAGCCUGAUCCAGGAAGUCAUCCAAGAAGCUAUGCAGCGUCACGCUUCGGGCAUGAAGUUCCGUGAAGCGAAUGCCGGGCCUGGCAUUGACAUGCAGAUGAGCGACGAAGGGUUCAACAUUUCAAUCAACGUCGACUGGUCGAACGGUAUUAUCUUCGGAGGCAACCAGCACAACUGCGGUACCUGGAUGGACAAGAUGGGCGAGAGCGAAAAAGCGGGUUCCAAGGGACAUCCAGGAACUCCUCGCGACGGCGCUGCCAUCGAGAUCACAGGUCUCCUCUACAGCACCUUGACGUGGCUCGCGAAACUCAAUGCUGAGGGUAAAUACCCCCACAAGGGUGUCACCAAGCCAGACGGCUCCGAGAUCACCUUCUCCGCCUGGGCCGAACUAGUCAAGUCGAGUUUCGAGCACAGCUACUACGUACCAACCAAUUCUUCCGAGGACGGCCAAUAUGCUGUAAACUCCAGCAUAGUGAACCGACGUGGUAUCUACAAGGACCUUUUCCGCUCCGGUAAGGAAUACGAGGAUUACCAGUUACGGCCCAACUUUGCUAUCGCCAUGACCGUUGCGCCGGAGCUUUUCAACCCAGAACACGCCAUGGGUGCCUUGGUUCUUGCAGACAAAGUCUUGCGAGGGCCUACUGGCAUGGCCACGCUCGACCCAGCAGACCUGAACUACCGGCCGUACUACGUCAACAGCGAGGAUUCGAAUGACUACGCGACAUCGAAGGGGCGAAACUACCAUCAGGGACCCGAAUGGUUAUGGCCUACUGGGUUCUUCCUCCGCGCGCUCCUGAAGUUUGACCUCCAGAGAAGAAGCACGAAAGAGGGGCGUGUCGAGGCCUUCCAGCAGGUGACAAGGCGACUUGGUGGGUGCAAGGAGAUGAUUAAGCAAAGCCCAUGGGCUGGCUUGACGGAGCUCACACAGAAGGAUGGCCAGGACUGCCCCGACUCGAGUCCCACACAGGCGUGGAGUGCGGGCUGCCUAAUCGAUCUGUAUAUGGAUGCGGCCCAGUACACGAUGGAGUGA